AUGCGCACAACCGGGCGGGUGGCGUGCGCGGCGAUGCUGGUGGUGCAGGGAGUUUCAGCCUUCUCCUCCUCCUCCUCCUCCUCCCUCACAGCGUGUAGCUCCCGCCUGUCUUUGCUGUGGGCGUCAGGGUCCCACAAGACGCUGGUGGCGCGACCGCCUGUCAUGCUGUCUCGUGGCCCGGCGUUGAUGUUCAAGCAAGCGAAGUCACGAGGCUUCUUGUGGGAGCGGAGGAUGCUCAGAUGCCCUCCUGGCUCUCUCCGACUUAGCGUUACCCUCAUGCAUGAGAACGAGGAAGGGGAUCAGGAUCAGGAAGCGGAUGAGGGGGAUGAGGACGAGUCAGCGAUGUCACUCGAAGAGCAAUAUGCGGAUAUGGCUUCGAAGGUCAAAGUUUGCUAUGAGGAUGAUGAUUUGCUGGUUGUCAGCAAGCCUGGUAACCUUCUGGUACACAAGUCUUAUGUUUCUCGUCAAGACAAGGUCUUUCUUCUACAGAUUGUUCGAGAUCUAGUCAAGAAACAAAUCUACAUGGUGAACCGACUGGAUCGCGCGACCUCGGGAUUGGUCCUGUUUGCUAAAAAUUCUGAGAUGGCAGCUCUUGCACAGAAAGCGUUGUACAACGCUCAGAAACAAUACAUUUGCAUUGUGCGUGGGGUACCUGAAAAAGAUGAAUUUGUUUGCGACAAACCUUUAACCGAUAGAGACAGCAAGGACAGGACGGUCAGAGAAUGCAAGACCAGCUUCCAGCGGCUAGCGAGUUUUGAGGUUGAGAUUGACGAACCGCUCAUGGUGAAGAUGGAGGAUGGGACUUGGAUCGAGGAGUCCAGCAUAUCAGGAGAGGAGAAGAGAUUCACGCGCAACGUGACGGUCUCGAUCCUCAAGGCAACCCUGUACACAGGACGGAGACAUCAGAUCCGGAGACACCUGCAGGACCUGCAGCUGAACAUUCUGGGCGAUACCUCCUACGGCAAAGGAAGAAUCAACACAGCCUUCCGGGAACAGUAUGGACUACCGAGGCUGUGCUUGCAUGCUUGGAGGCUUUCGCUACUGCACCCUGUCAAGAACCAGGAGGUUAUCGUAGAGGAACCGAUUCCACAAGACCUUCGACUAUUUUUACAUAACCUUCCAAGCGCCCCCAAACAGAUUAUUGAUACAGUAUGA